AUGUGGUCCACUGAGAGGAUGGAGCCAGAGAAAGCCAACACCCAGAGCAGCUUCUUCACCAAGGUGGAUGUGCCUGACCAUGCUCACUACAUCGUUGCCUUAUUUGUCUUUGUCAUCGGGACGCUGGGCAUCACUGGCAACGCACUGGUUAUGUUCGCCGUCUAUAGCAACAAGAAACUCCGUAACCUGCCUAACUACUUCAUCAUGAACCUGGCAGUCAGUGACUUCCUCAUGGCUUUCACACAGUCCCCCAUUUUCUUCAUCAACUGUCUCUACAAGGAAUGGGCGUUUGGAGAGAUGGGCUGUAAGAUGUACGCGUUCUGCGGCGCCUUGUUUGGCAUCGCCUCCAUGAUAAACCUACUGGCCAUCUCUAUCGACCGUUACCUGGUUAUCACCAAGCCCCUGCAGACUAUUCACUGGGGCUCCAAACGAAGAACCACGCUGGCCAUCCUCAUGGUCUGGCUUUACUCUUUGGCUUGGAGUCUGGCUCCUCUUGUUGGCUGGAGCUCCUAUAUCCCGGAGGGCCUGAUGACAUCUUGUACAUGGGAUUAUGUCACGUACACAUUGGCCAACAGGAGCUACACAAUGAUGCUGUGCUGUUUUGUUUUCUUCAUUCCACUGGGAAUCAUCUUUUACUGCUAUUUUUUUAUGUUUCUGGCUGUACGGAAGACUAGCAGGGAGGUGGAGCGUCUGGGGACUCAGGUGAGGAAAUCCACCCUGAUCAAGCAGAAGUCCAUGAGGAGUGAGUGGAAGUUGGCAAAGAUCGCCUUUGUUGUCAUUGUGGUUUAUGUCCUCUCCUGGUCACCGUACGCCUGUGUCACACUGAUUUCCUGGGCCGGUCAUGCCGACAUCCUGUCGCCCUACUCCAAGGCUGUCCCUGCUAUCAUAGCAAAAGCCUCAGCCAUCUACAAUCCUUUUAUCUAUGCUAUCAUACACAACAAGUACAGGAUGACUCUGGCAGAGAAGUUUACCUGCCUGAGGUUUCUGUCUCCCACUCCUCGAAAGGAAUGCAUCUCCUCCUCCAUCAGUGAGUCCUCUUUCAGGGACUCCAUCAUCAGCAGGCAGUCUACAGCAUCAAGGACUCACUUUAUCACUGCGUGCCCUGACAUGGUGUUAAAGGAUGUAGAGAUGGAGCCUUUGGGAAGGAAGUCAGGUGACUCCUUCAGGAGCAUACCGUCAUACAGACAGUCUUCCAGAGGCCGGUCCUAUAAGAAACAAUUACAGCCGAAGACCCAAGCAUUGGAGAAGCACCCAUCUACCAUGAGAGAACCAUCGAGCACCUGUGACCAUGAACUGGUUUCCAGUUCUCUCACAGUCGCCUCUCUCCCCUUACUGGUUCUUACGAGGAGGCGCAGCCAGAGUCUGAACAGUGAGAUUUCGGAUGCUUGGGAUAGGAAAGGCAGCAUCGGCGAUUACCACAAGAGCGACUCUUUUGAUUCACUGAAUUUUGGAAAAAUCCCAUCCACUGAUCCCAGGUCUCCUCAGGGUGUCCCGCGCAUAAUCGUCAUCAGUCCCACAUCUGAAAGCAGCCUCAUCAAACAUGACAGUGUCUGCUUAGAGGACAGUGUUGAGGCAAUGGAGAAUAAUAUUUUUGUCAGCCUAAACUUCUCAUCAGAAGUCUUUGCGGCUGUGGAGCUACUCCCAUGA